AUGGAAGGCAGAGACACUGAUGAGCUGGCGCAAACGCUCAAUGAGUACCUGUGUGACAUUUUGGAGGAGUUCCUGGUUUUUGGAGGAGACAUCUUGAAGUUUGCUGGAGAUGCUGUGCUGGUGCUGUGGAGAACACCACCCCAGGAGGUGGCCAGGACCAUCACCAAGGAGGAGGGAGGAUGGAUCUCUGCAGGGACCAUGAGCCUCCCGGUUUUCGGAGAUGAGAGCUGGCAACACUUCUGCAUUUUUGGCCCGUGCCUGGCUGAAGUUUGUGACGCCGAAGAGGUUGCGGGUGCAGGUGAAGUUGUCCUCUCGGCCACCUGCUGGGAGCUCUGUGAGCAGCACCGGCUGAGGACCAAGCAUCUCGCAGGCACAAGAGCUGUGCAGGCAGGUGGAUGGGACGGCCUCGAGAGCCAUUCUGAGGGCCUGGGCCUGGCCAUGAAGGAGGGAGGUGCCAUGAGGCCUGCUCUUCUCUUGCCCAGUGACCUGAACGCCAAGGAUGUGCUUAGGAAGUACAUACCAGUCGCUGCUCUCGGGAAGCUCAAUGCAGGACUGCCCAUGGAUCUCCUCUCUGAGCUACGGCCAGUCACCUGCAUCUUUGUCCAGCUGCAGCUUGCUGCAGGUACCAGCUCGGAGCAUCUCAGCACCGUCCUCAAGGAGGCCAGCAGGGUGAUGCUAGAAAUCCUCUCUCCUCACAAGGGCCACAUCAACAAAGUCCUCCUGUGUGAUAAAGGCUGCACGUUCCUCUGCGUGCUGGGACUCCCUGGAAACAAGCUGCCCUGCGAGAGCCUUCACGCCCUGCAGAGUGCUCUGGAGAUCUUCAACUCGUGCUCCACCAUGCUCAAGGAAAGAGAGACAAUGUCUGUGGCAGUUACCAGAGGGACGAUGUUCUGCGGAGUCACUGGCCACCCGCUGAGACACGAAUACACAGUCCUUGGCCAGAAGGUGAACUUGGCUGCCCGGAUGAUGGUGCACUACCCUGGGCUGGUGUCCUGUGAUGCAGUGACUUACGCCGCCUCCUGGCUGCCUGCUUCCUACUUCAAGGAGAUGCUGGAGAGAGAGAUGAAAAGCAGGACUGAAACCGCAGGGAUGGGGAAGACUGUUGGCCAGCGGGGCAGCGUGAGCAAUGGAAAAGGCCUCGACGAGGGCGAGGGGGCUGCGCUGCGGGGCAGGCAAGCAGGUGGCCCCGUGACUGCUCUGAGGAAGGCAGAGGUGCCCAAGCGUGGACGAGCAGGUCGGAAGCAGGAGACUGACCUCUUUGUCAGCUGCUUGAACGCCUAUAGGGAUUCAGGCCAAAGGAACAUCCUGGCGGUUGAGGGCACGAUGGGCUGUGGAAAGAGCCACUUACUUGCUGAACUGGCCUCUCUAGGCCAGGAUGCUGGCCACAGCGUGGUUGCCCUGGAACUGCUGGAGAUCGACAUGAGGCAGCCCUUCUCUGCCAUCCGCAUGCUGAUGGCCAGGGCCCUGGGCCUCCAGGACUGUGAAUCGCGCGGCGACAGGCAGCGCGUGCUGAAGACAAAGCUGCAAGGGACAAUCGAAAAGAGCAGCUACUGCCUCCUCAAUGACAUUUUCUGCUUUCCCAUUUCGGACAACGAUCGCGAGAUGGAUGAAACUCAAAGAAAACUGGAAUUGCACUCGACUCGGCUGAAAGUGCUGGAGAAGACCCUUACAGGAGAUUUUGGCAUAUUUGUCAUCGACAAUGCCCAUUUCAUCGACCCUGACUCCUGGUUCAUCAUGUCACCCGUGCUCCAAAAUGUCUCCCUCUUCAUGGUCAUGAGCUUAGCCCCGGGCUACGAGAUAACAGAGAGCUUCCGCAAAGCCGCAGCAGACAACGCCACGUCCCAGAAAAUCACUUAUCUUCAUCUGGACAAGCUGAAAGCUUCAGUUGUGAUGCAGAAAGUCUGCAAUGACCUCGGAGUGGUCAGCAUCCCCAGGGAUCUGGUGAGGUUCCUGAUCCAAACCAGCUCAGGGAUCCCAUAUUACUGCGAGGAGCUGCUGCGCUGCCUUCGUGCCAAUGACAUGCUCCAGUUCUGCACCCGGAGGCAGUCUGGAAAAGCAAAGGACAACUGGGAGAGCCUGAUCACAUCUGCAGUCGAGGCUUCAUCCCUCGCAGCAACCUGGAGCUCCGACGCGGGGAAUGACGGCAGGGUCUGCCUCCUCAGGCCAGGCGUGACCCUGGAGAACACCGCGCUGCCCAUCCCCUUGAAAGAUCUGGUAGGGCUCCUGUCGCACAUCCUUCCCACUGGCCUCAGGACCCAUAUGAAUUCUUCGUUGGACGAGCUGGUGAGCGACAACAUCCUGAAGCGGCUGAAAAACACAGAGGUGCCAGAAGAUGUGCAAGAUCCUACCGAGGGGCCAGCCACCUCUUCGCAGGUGGAGAGCGGUAAGUGGUAG